GUCUUGUCCACGCCUUUUUUCCUCCUCGUUUGCUGCCAAAAGUUUAUUGCCAGAUCAUAGUCUAAACGGCCCCUCUCUCAUUCCCCCUCCAGGCAUUGAGGCCACCUCUGAGGUUUAACUGGCAUGCACCCCAGGGCAGGGAUUGCCAGGGCUCAGUCGUCCACCUCCAAGCCCCCAGCCAACUACUGCUCGAAAAGAAACCCGCCGUGAACCACCCUACCCAAUCCAGAGCCACCCCCCUUCUUUCCCUUCCUCCCUCCCUCUUCACCAGUUCCUAUCCCUCGUCUAUCCACACAUCCACACUUCCACCCAUUCACCGUUCCCAAAAAAUAGUCCUCCAUCAACGCGCCCUGACGCCCUGACACCCUCCACGACCCUCUCUUCCCCCCUAUCAUUUCUGGCCAUCCGGCUGCCGUCCUCCCACUCCCUUCAUUCGUCCGCACGGCUGUUCCUGGUUCCUGACAGACUUCUGUCCAACACCACUCCGUGCCUCGCUGUUCGCUCGCUGCCAUUUCUCUUAUCUUCAUCCCAGUCGCCAACCAGCAUCCUCCACGCUUCCCUCAAUCCACCCAUCCUCCGUUGUCGCCCUCUGCAGUUGCAUUCUUCAAGCCGCAAUCCUCCAUCUGCGCCGCCAGUCACGGUGCGCCUGCGCACACCUCAACCCACCAGACCUUCUCUUCAACGCCCUGCCUUGAACACCGCCUGCCCCCCGCCAGUUCAUUCACAAGGGCUUUACCUUGCCGCGUUUCACUGUUCAGGAUAUCUGUAAUCUCUGUCGGGUGGAGCUUUUCUGCUUGUGUUUGUUCGAAAUCUGCAUCUUGACAGGAGAAGAAGGGAGAAGAGAUUAUUUACAUUACUCUCGCGCCGGUCGCAUCGGACGUUUCCCACCCCCGUCGAAACUUCAACACAAAUAAUACUGCAAUCUGCCCUUUCCAGUCCGAUAUUUCCAACCCGCCUGCGUCUGCGUCCCGGGAGGAAACGAUUGUGCAUCACCGAUCCCAGAUGACCUGCGGCCCGUUCUGAAACACGGCCGACGUCACAAUAUCAUACAACCCCCGAGUUGCAUAUAGAGUUCAACAUCCCGCCUUGGAUUCUGUUGCCUGGCCCAUAAAGAGUAGAUGAGCUCUUCACUUCGUUCCGACGUGCCCAGGCGUGUCUCCAGCGCAAAGGACCGUUCAAGGUCGCGUCGAUCCAGACAGGGUGCCGACAUGGCGGUCGCAACCAUGCUCCAGCCUGCCUCACGAGGCUCGACCUCGACAAACUCCUCCUUCGAACCUGUCAGCCGUACGAAUACCUUCUCGAGCCAUGAUGGCGCCCGCUCCUUGCGACAGAGCAAACGGGUCAGCAUGACCGCCCUCUAUGCGAGCAUGAGCGCAAAGGACAAAGACUUGGAAAUCAGCGAUGACCUCGCCCGAGCACAACGCUCACUCAGGGACUUGAAGGUCAAGAUUUCAAACCAGUCCAAGAAGAAUUUCGUCCUUGAAAAGGACGUCCGUUACCUGGACUCGAGAAUUGCCCUGUUGAUCCAAAAUCGUAUGGCCUUGGAAGAGCAAAAUGAGGUGGCCAGCCACCUUGAUGAGGCCGCCGAGCUCCAAGAAGGCUCAUUCCCGAACGACGACAAGACUCAGAAAUAUGGCAACCUAUUCUUCAUGCUACAGUCAGAACCCAGGCAUAUUGCUCACCUAUGUCGCCUGGUCACCAUGGCCGAAAUUGAUUCUCUGUUACAGACCGUCAUGUUCACAAUCUAUGGAAAUCAAUACGAGAGCCGAGAAGAGCAUCUACUGCUGACCAUGUUUCAAUCGGUCUUGACCCAUCAGUUCGAGACAACGCCCGAAUACUCCUCCUUACUCCGCCAGAAUACUCCAGUCUCCCGCAUGAUGACCACCUAUACCCGGCGAGGCCCCGGGCAGAGUUUCCUCAAAGAAGUCCUCGCCGAAAAGAUCAACUCUCUGACCGAGUUGAGCGACGUGGAUCUUGAGAUCAACCCCUUGAAAGUCUACGAGGCCAUGGUCAAGCAAAUCGAGGAAGAUACCGGUACUCUGCCGGAAGACCUACCCCGGUCUGUGACAGCCGAAUUUGCGGCGGAGAAUGCACAAGUGCAAGCCAUCAUUACGCCACGCCUCAAGAUGCUGACUGAAAUCGCGGAAGGAUUCUUGUCCGCGAUUAUCGAAUGCCUAGAGGACACCCCGUAUGGGAUCCGUUGGAUCUGCAAGCAAAUUCGGAAUCUGUCCCGGCGCAAGUACCCCGACGCCCAGGACCAGGCGAUUUGCACCCUUAUUGGUGGCUUUUUCUUCUUACGCUUUAUCAAUCCUGCCAUUGUCACUCCAAAAUCUUACAUGCUGAUUGAGAGAGUGCCGGAUGAGAAACCCAAAAGGACUCUGACCUACAUUGCUAAGAUGCUGCAGAACCUGGCCAACAAGCCGUCCUAUGCCAAGGAACCGUACAUGGCCAAGCUGCAACCUUUCAUUCAACGGAACAAGGAUCGCUGCAACAAGUUCAUGUUGGACCUGUGCGAAGUUCAGGACUUUUACGAGAGCCUGGAGAUGGACAACUACGUGGCACUUUCCAAGCGUGAUCUCGAGCUUCAGAUCAGUUUGAACGAAGUUUAUGCUACUCAUGCAUUACUUGAGAAGCAUAGCACGGAACUGGCCAAAGAUCCUUCUUCUCACUUGGGCAUCCUGCUGCAGGAACUUGGUUCAGCACCACCGCAAUUGCCCAGAAAAGAAAACAGGGCGAUCAACCUACCUCUCUACAGCAAAUGGGAGACCACUUUCGACGAUCUCACUCACGCACUCGACAUCACUCCAGAAGAAAUCCACUUCAUGGAGGCGAAGAGCACGUUUGUGCAAAUCAUGCGAAGUUUGCCGCAGAAUGCCGUAGUCAUGCGGCGCCCUCUUCGCCUUGACCGGGUGGCCGAAGCGGCGGGGACCCUUAAGAAUGACGCCGUCAUGGUGCGGAAAGGCAUCCGGUGUAUGGAACUUCUUACGCAGCUGUCCGAAUGGGGAGUGAUAGAUCGUGCCGACGACUAUGCAGUGCUCCGUGAUGAAGUUGAGCAGGAGCUGGCCCACCUCGGCUCGUUAAAGGAGAAGGUGCUCGAGGAGACGGCCAAGUUGGAGGAUGUCUACAAGACGAUUCGCGAUCACAACACAUAUCUUUUGUCCCAGCUCGACACAUACAAGAAUUACCUGCACAACGUGCGUAGCCAGUCUGAAGGCGCGAGAAGAGGCAAGACGGAGAAGGUGCGAGAGCUCGGCCCAUACAAAUUCACCCAUGCACAACUGGAGAAGGACGGUGUGAUUACGAGAAGCAAUGUCCCCGAGAACCGGAGAGGUAAUAUCUUCUUCAUGUUCCGGAGCCCCCUUGCCGGUACUUUCGUCAUCAGCCUGCAUUACAAAGGGCGUGCUCGUGGUCUCCUCGAGUUGGAUCUGAAACUAGACGAUCUCCUCGAGAUGCAGAAAGAUGGGCAGGACGACCUCGACCUGGAAUAUGUGCAAUUUGACGUCUCAAAGGUCCUGACCCUCCUCAACAAACGGUUUGCGAGGAAGAAGUAGAAGGCGACUUGGGCCACCUCCAUCAAGGCUACACGAUAAUUGGAGCACGAAAGCACGAAGAGCAUAUUCAGGCAGAUAUCUCGGAACACGACGGGGACGAGCGACACGACUGACUUGAAGCAAACAACACUCCCAGCGAUUGACGACCAAGAAGCCGGCGAGCUGAGCGGGACAUUGCCAUAUCGAUUUUUGCGCUGGGCCCCUUUUCUACCCCCUUUUUGUUUUACUAGAAAUCAAAGCGCGUCAUCAUUUUUUGUGUAACUGUAAUAUUUUCCACCGGGAAUCUGUCUCGAGGUUGUUGUUGCUGUUGUUGAAGAGCGAAGGACUGUUUGUGUCUGUGUACGGUGCGUGUAAUAUAUCAAAGGGGAGCACCACACCCCCCCGGAGACCCAGGACGGCAAGUUGUUUUUGGAAUGAAGUAAAACAUGAAUUUUGUAUUGCGAGACCAGAAAGGGGCGAGGCGAGCAAGUCGACAGGGAGCAGGGAAAGAAAAGGAUGGGAAAUAACCCUCAUUGUACUAAUAGGACGCCCCCUGGCUUUUGGCAUUUUGAUCACAGAAGAUUUUUUGUUUUGCUUUGGCCCCCUUUCCC